AUGCCUCUCGGCAUUCAUAACCCGCUGCCGGCGUCGAUGAGCAGCGAAUGCAAGAAGGCGGGCAAGAUCUUGACAUCCUUUAUUGACCCCAGACAAGCUUUCGGUCCGGAUAAGGUCAUUCCUCCGGAGAUUUUGGCUGGUGCAAAGGGUCUUGCGGUUCUCACCGUCCUCAAAGCAGGUUUCCUGGGAUCUGGCCGAUUCGGAUCGGGCAUUGUUGUGGCCCGUCUCGCCGAUGGCACCUGGUCCGCGCCUUCAGCUAUUGCGACCGCCGGUGCGGGAAUCGGAGGACAGAUUGGGUUUGAAUUGACCGACUUCGUCUUUAUUCUCAACGAUGCGGCGGCUGUGCGCACAUUCUCCCAAGUUGGCACGCUCACGCUGGGUGGCAACGUCUCGAUCGCCGCUGGACCGGUCGGCCGAAACGCGGAAGCUGCCGGAGCUGCCAGCACUCGCGGCGUGGCCGCCGUGUUUGCCUAUUCAAAAACCAAGGGUCUCUUCGCUGGUGUCAGCUUAGAAGGAAGUAUGCUGGUGGAACGCAAGGAUGCCAACGAGAAACUGUACCACAGCCGCGUGACUGCGAACCAGCUCCUUACCGGCAGCAUUCGACCGCCGCCCGCCGCCGAUGCCCUGAUGCGCGUUCUCAACUCGCGUGCGUUCCAAGGAAACUCGAGGGCGUAUGGAGACGCCAUGUACAAUGAUAUGCCUGUCUACGACGACAGCCAUGACGACGUGGUCUGGGAGGGUCGACGGGGCGAAGCCUAUGGCCAAGGCUCUCGUGGCCGAUCUAACACGUACGACGACGACUACGAUUCCCGGGACCGGGGCCCGCGCCGGGCAAAUACCUGGGCAGACGAUGUAUACGAUCGACCCUCCGGGGGAAUCGGCCGCUCUGCGACCACGCGGGCAUCCCCCGCCAAUUCCUGGGAUACGCAUGGGCGCAACCGCAGUAACACCGCACCCUUCGAGGAGGACUAUGUCUACUCCGACCGUAAACCCACUCGUCCAAGUGCCCCCAAGCCGGUCUUCGGGCAACGGACAGGCCAGGGUGUCGGGUUGCGGCAAGACCAAGUUGUCGCGCUCUACACAUUUGAUGCGGACCAAGAAGGUGAUCUGGGAUUCAAGAAGGGGGAGAUCAUUACCAUCUUGAAGCGGACAGACAAGGCGGAGGAUUGGUGGACAGGUCGCAUCGGCGACCGGGUUGGCAUUUUCCCCAGCAACUAUGUCGACACCUCCUAG